AAUUGGUUUUGUUCGCAUGGGGCUGAUUGUCAAUGGGAUGAAUUGAACAAUGCAUGUUGCAGCUCAGCCAUGAUGCUUCGUGCUGGAGCCGAUCCAGCAGCACGCGUAGUUCAGCCUGGGAACACUGGUCUAUUGUGAUCCUGGAGCAAAGCAUCAUGUACUGGACACAUAAACCUGUUUAAAUGCUUAACAAUAUAUAGAUAUAUAUAUAUAUAUAUGCGUUGGCAGAGAUGUUUUGGCCACAGGAUUUCCAGGGGUCAUCCCUCAGCACCCAAUUGGAAAUUAAUUAAAUUCGACUUCAUUAAUUAUUAACCAAUCAAGGCCUGACCUUGAUACCUUCAGGUACAAUGCUCAGCUUUUACAUUUCUCUUGCAGUAACAAGAUCAUUAAAUUGUUAAUAGUCUUAUGAAUAUUAAUAGUAUACCAGUAAACCAGUGACUGCACAUCUGGAGUGUGCGUUAAACCCCCCUCCAGCACACAAGGUGAUGAAUCCCUGACUAAGCAGAUCAAUGGGGCAGGAUACAAGAGGAGCAAGGUGACUGCACAAUGUCUGACUUUGACUUUGACUUUGUCUAUAUAUAUAUAUUUAAUAUUCCUGACUGAUAAAACAAAUACUAAAUGCUGCAGGGCCUCGACGUUUUCCCAGAAAUAUUAGUUGUUAGCUAAAACGCUAAAAACUCUGUGGUCCUUGACAAGUUAGAUGCAUCAUCUCAUUAGAACAGCUUCCUCUUAAAUUAAACAACGAUUUACUUGAUCCUUUUGUGUAACACUACAUGAUAAAACCAGACUGCAUGUGUCCUUAUUUAUUAUUUACAGAAAACCGAUGUAUCACACAUGCCAUAAAAAUUGCAUCUGCAUGUCUGUAUCUGUUUUCAUGUCUAUGUGUGUGUGUGUGUGUGUGUGUUAGUGAUCUACUGUAUAGGGUUUUACCUUUGGAAUGAGGAGACCCAGUGGGCGGGCCUCACUCUCGGCCUCUUUCUGCCGGGUACGGCCGUGCAGCUGCUCAGUAUGAAGUGGUACCACGACGAUGGAGAUGACAGGCGGUGCCACCUCUCCGUCAUGCACAUUCUGCACUUGGGCAUCUUCAGGAGGUUAUGGGACUGCAUGAGGUGUGUGUUGCACACGCAGGACUCAGUGGCUGAUCUGGGAGCUGCUGUCAUGCAGCAGGCGGACGUGGCUGCCCUGUGGCUGCUGGAGGCCCUCGUCCUCACGCUGCCUCAGACCCUGCUGCAGGCGUAUGUCGUGGUGUCCACCGAUGUGGGCUUCGAGUCACCAGUGGGUUACUGCUGUGGACUGUGCGUGCUGUCCAUUUCCUGGGCCCUGGUGCUGUUCAGCAGAGCCUGCUGUCUGAUCCGGCCGGGCCACCUGGCCAUGCCUCCGGCGGCCCUGCUGUGCCAGCUGGUGUGGAGGGCAGGCAUGCUGGGUGCCCGGGUGACUUGUCUCAUGUUUUUUGCCAGGGUCUUUAACUGGUGGGUCCUAGGAGUAGCAGGUUUCCACUGGCUCACGGCGUCCUUCUGGCUGGUCUCACAGCAGCCCGACAUCUGCACCGGCCCGUGGUGUUGGCCUGCCUUCAACGCCGUCAUGGGGCUCGUCCACGUCUUCCUCUUCCUCAACGUCAAGGACGGAGCCUCGCGCUACCGCAUGGCCAGCUUUUAUACAUUCAUGCUGGUGGAGAACGCCACUCUGCUGCUGGCCGCCUCCGACUUCCUCAGCGAAGCCUCGUGGGACAGCGUGACCCUUCCCACCACUGUGCUGGGCAGCUUUCUCCUCGGUGCCGCCUCUCUCGUCCUCUACUACCGCUUCCUCCAUCCCAAGUCAACAGAGAUCUCCCAGGGCUCGAACCACAACCACAUGGGCAGCACGUGUAUAGAACAGGGGGAGUCCUCCUUCUCUCUCGGGGACAAAAGCCUGCCAGCUGCCUCCAUUCAAAACCACGGCAGCUUCUCCCUCUCAGGCGUGGCUGGUACUCUGCUGGAGCACCCGGGAACCUGCGGCGGCCAGCCGAACAGCUCCUGCCAGUGCUACCACCACCACUGGCUCUUGAUCCGCCUCGCCCUCAAGACGGGAGACAUGGGGAAGAUCAACAGGGCGUACGGGGCCGGCGGAGCGGCGACCAUACUGGACUUGGAGGAGUACAACCAGGGGUUCAAGAGCAACGAGGGCAUCACCAUCACAGCAGGGGGCAGCUGCGAGGGCGUCUCCACCUCCGAGUCUCAGGGGAAAGGCCUGGCGCCGCUCUCCGACUGCAAGGACGAGUUCCAGAGCAUGAGCGAGCCCUCGUCCAUCGAUCAACCCGAGGAAGAGUUCGACAGCCUGGAGAUGGAGAGCCCGAUGGAGUCGCCCUCGUCCGAUUAUAAACGCAGCUCGCCAGAGGGCAAAUCUGUGUUUGGAGACAGCCCGGAGCCAUAUUUCUGCCCCACGGAGUCCAGCUCCACCCUGUACUUCAGUGCAGACCCUCAGUCCCCCAGCAGCGGCAGUAACCCCCACUUGGACCGGGACACGGGAGGUCGGGAACAUGGCGUUCGCCUCAACUCCAUCCCCAGCGACCCAGCCCUUCACAGAGACGUGCGCGGGCUCAUGGGCCGGGUCGGGCCGCGAUGCACUUCCACUCCCAAACUGGACUCGGGAGUGCUGGACUCUCCCUCCAGUGUCCCCCACCUCACGGGUCCGAGGAGGCAGCUGAUCAUGUCCAGGAGGGACGAGGACGAAACCUUCUAGAAUCAGGGAACUCAAGCUUUUUUUUUUGGAAGGCUGCUUUUUCAUCUUCCUAGUGUUGUAGAGUGAAAAGGCUGGCAACAUUUCACCUCUGUAUGCCUAUAUCUUUAGUACACUGUGGGCUCGGUAUAUGCAAUAACAACUUUUGGGAUAACGCUAAGCUAGCCCGCACUCGUGAAACCGUUAAACUAUUUUCUAAAAGCAUUGCUUUGCCCAAAUUGCCGGACGCACAGCGGUGAGACCAUCGGCAGCGUUUUCCUCCAACAUGAAGGAGACAACCCGAGAGCUGAUUGGCCUCAUGGGUGGUGUAUAGAGCUCAGACACCUUCUAUAUGACGUGAAGUAACGUUUUAUUCAUUCAGCCAUAGCAGCAGUAAAUGUAAAGCUCCACAAAAAGUAUGUUACCGUGCAGCAGAAGGAGCACUGGUUCUGCCAGGUUGUAAUUAUUAAGCCAUGGGUUAUAUCAACGGCAGUAGAAAGAUGCAGCUGCUUUAUGAUCUCAGGCAGCUGAUGGUCUUUAGAGUACACACAGAAGCUGCUGUUUAAUCCCAGUUAAUAACCAGCAGUUACCAGAGAAGUUAUUCCUCCAUCAAAAGGGGGCGAGGGGUAUCUGACCUUUUGAAUAUUACCCAUCUCAGCAUCGGCCAGAGUUCUGUCGGCUUAUUAAAAGCACAAGUAUCUUCAGUAUCAUAUGUCUAUUGAUGUGAAUUCCAUGUUAUUCCCCCCCCCCAAAUGAAAAUAUACUGUGUUUUGUUUUGGAUAGUCGUGUUGACUGGCAUUGUUUUGAGCAGCAGGGCUAGUACCUAUCAGAACUGUGUCUUGAUGUUUUAACUUCAUUUACAUGUUGACCAUGUAUUUGCUGAAUUGUUUUGGGGGAUUUUGCUUUAUGUUGUGGGCUGGGGGGGGGGGGGGGGAAGUAAAAAUGUCUCAGGCAUUAACUUUAAAAUCAAACGUAUAUUGAGUGAUAACAAUAUGUAAAAUAGAUGCUUAUGAGGCACCUGUAGUGACUUUUUUUUUAUGUGGACGCUAUUUCCAGGGGACAAAUGCAUUUGUGCUCAUUGCUGUUAAAAAGGGAUGAAAUCCACCGAGCAGUGAAAUGAUGCUGGGUGUUUCUUCUUGUGCCCGUGUGACUGCCGACAUGACAUUUUGAACUGUGAAGUGCAAAGGCCACUGGUGGCUUUAAAUAAGCAAUAAAUAACCUAUGUAGUGGGAUGACUGGAAUACAAGUGUUUGGUAUUAUUAGUUUUGUUAUUGUUUUGUUGAUAUUUAAGUCAAUUCAAAUAAAUUUAACUCAAUUUUUCAAAUAAAUUGAAUUCAAUGCUCGGGCCCUAAUAAUACAAAAAAACUCUCAGCUACUCACAGUGAGUUACAGCAAAAUAGAUCUUGAAAAUAAAAACAAAAACAGGACUGAAACAUUAAAAAUUAUAAUACAAGAAUAACACAGGUAGAGAAAGAAAAUAAAAAAAUAGAUUUUCAGACGGAAGUAUAUAAAUAUUGUUGGUAUAUGGAGCUUUUGACAAUCAAAACGCAGAAACUAUACUGGAUGGAUUGCUUGUGUCUCUCUCUCUCUUAUGUGGUUUAGAGUGAAAUCACAGAUUAUUCGAUGACACCUUGACCGUGCAGCGACCGUCAGUCGCACCAACUCAAGUUCUAUGUGAGCAUCUGAUUAUCAGCAUUCACAGAUGAGACUGAAAUAGCAACAUCAUGACCGUCGUCACGUUGAGUGAACGUGGGAUGGGCAGAGCCUGUGUGGUCCAGACAGGAUCCAGGCUUCACAUCUUAUCUCCAGCCUGCAUGUUCAAACAUCCUGGAGGCUCACAGAACAACCACGAAGCAUAAAAAGGACGGUUUCCUCUUAACACCGGCCUCCUCCGAGCAACUUCUGUUUUGUGAAGAUACUGGAGGGUGGUGAGGUCAUCCUUCACACUCCUUAUCUUCACACACAUUUAAAGGAUCUCUGUUUUGCUGAAGUCUGACUUGAGCACCAGGUGUCUGAGGGCCUGCGACAGAAGAAUGAUGGAGACCGGCCAAAAGCCAGACCCGGAGGCCGAGGAGCAGGUCCCGGACAACACGGUGGUUGGGAGUGUGGACACGUCCGGGUUCGAGGUGACCGCCGAGCGCCUGGAGCAGCUGAUGAAGGGCAUGGAGGUGCUGCUGUCGGACGUGGAGCAGCUGCGGGGCGACUGCAGCCACCAGGCCACCGAGCUGAUUCGCUCUGCUGUGGACCUGAAGCAGCAGCAGGAGGAGCUGAGGGAGAGCUACUCCCAGCUGUCCCGGGAAAUGCAGGAGAUCACGGACACACUGGAAAGCCUGUUCGAAACCGAGAGCACCUUUGAAGCAGAGGAGAAGCAAGAAGAGGAGAAGCCAACAGAGGAGAAGCAAGAAGAGGAGAAGCAAGAAGAGGAGAAGCAAACAGAGGAGCUGAACCAGCAGCUCUGAGGGACUGGGGCGGACUGACAGACUUAUUGAUGGGUGGUGGUUUUCGAUCGGGGUGUGUGCGUGAACAUUUGGAAGGAGUGAGUUUCGGAGGUGGUGUGUUACCCAGAGGUUUUUAUGGAUUUGAAUGAGACUUUUUAAUGGAAUUAUAUAAACAUGUGAAAUUGUCUGCCAACCACGCUCAACAAGUCUGUAUUACUUUGCUUAAUAGUAGUAACUUAACACACCACAACACCUCAAAAUAACAAUAUUGAUAACAUUAUGUCAAGUCAUGAUAAAAUGAAUAAAUAUAUUAGGAUAUAUAUUUCAAGUUUAGUGUUUGUUAAGUUGAUUGUAUUUAUUUUAUCAGUAGUUUAAAAUUAAUUAAAAAAGAUAAAUGUUGGGUUAAAAAAAAACUCAAAACCAGUUUAAAAAAACAGAUUGAAGCACGUUACAACUGGUCAGAAUCCCCAUUUUUAUUGGAUGAAGUUAAAUCUUCCCCUUUUGGCAUUGGUUUAAUAAAACUAAAACUUUAUGAGCUUAAGAAAGGUUUGAUUUGUGGCAUUGCUUUCAAACUAGAUGACUGUGCAGCUGUCUGUAACACAGGGUGAUGAUGAGACUGUGUAAACUUCGUGUCAACAAAUCA